AAAAAUGGAUAAAAAUGGAAAAGGAAGAGAUUCCUUACUUUAUCUUGAAAUAAAUUCGAAGAUCAGGGACUUCGUUACAGGUACAAAAUAAUUUAAACUUAAUUUUAAUUAUUUUGUAAAAAUACUUAUGUUAAUUAUGUAAAACUGAUCUGAAAUAAGAUGCCUAUAAGACAAUGCCUUAACAUAAACCAUGUUAUAAAUUAGGGCGUAAAACGCUUUGAAGAUGUCAUAACGCAGUCUUUUUGAUGUCUUCGGAAUUUAAAGACGUUUCAAUUUUAUCUUAACAUUUCAACCAUGCAUCCUUACGUAUUCUAAUAAACGAAAGCCAUGUUGCUGAUGAUUAUUUAAUUGCACGUUGAUAGUCAUCGUAGUCGUCAAUAUAGUCGCAAAAAAAAUCUUUGAAAUGCAAAUGCGUCACGUUUCAAUAUGCAAACCAGUUUAAUUGAUACUAGGAAGAUAAACGUGAUCGAUUUCAUUGCGUUUGGUUAUUCACCCGCCAAGACAUACGGAAUAGUAUCAUCGAGUUCCGAUUUUCUAAGAAAUUUAUCUUCGUAUAACGAGUCAACUUGAAAUUAAUCUAGAUAAAUCUAAGAUGCAUAACGAUUUCAAGUCUUAAGUCUAUAAAUGCUGGAAAAGGGAGAGAAUACGAAAAGAACUUCAUAUCUAAAUUUUUCAAGUUUCACCAAUGUACCAAUUAAAAUUUGCAUCUUUCUUAUAGAAUUAUGUUAUUCGCAAGGAAAGAAUCUAUGAAUUAAAAAAUUGUAAUGGUAUCGCGUUUAUUUUUCCGACAGUAUCUACAUCCUAACGUUUGCAAUGAGAUUAAGCAUAGCAAAACGAGCCAUGCCAUUUACUUUUUACACGAGAUGAAAAAAGUAUAUUUUAUUAAUUUUAUUAUUAUUAUUAUUUGUCUUCAUUAUAUCACAUCAUUCAUUAAUAUUAUAUAUUGAUACUUGACAAUCCGAUUAUCAGUUACGAGAAUUAUUAUUCUAAGUGCAAGGGGUUAAACAGCAACGAUGCGGUCGUGCAUUAAGCGCGAACAACGGUUGCACAAUAAAGCGGAAUCAUCGCGGAAGGCAGACACGAUCCGGACUUUACGCGUGCUCUCGUGUGAGGCAUGCGUGUGCAAGCUCUUCCAUAUAUAAAUACACGUAUGCCAGUGGGAAAAUCUCAGUCGACCGAUACUUGGUGCCUGUAGCUUCUCGUCCAUUCGAGCUACUUCCGUCCAAAAAUUAAAAAUUUAUCGGGACCGCCACGUGAGUUUAUCGUCCAUUAAUUUUCCAAAAAAAAAGAAUAUUUCAUUAAGAAAUACAUCAAGUUGACUGUGUCGAUACACAUUUUCUUGUCUGAGAAAGUUGGACACGAGGUUCGUGAAGUGGAGGAAGAGACAAGAGAAAAAAUUUUUCAUCUUUGAAAAAGCAACAAGAGAAGAAAAACUUCUCAUUUGUCCUGCAUAUCCUUAGUUUUUCAUCCAAUAAGCCGCAGCAUGAGGCAGUUUUCAAGCCAGAUAUUCAAUGGAACCAGAUUUUUAUAAGUUCAACACGAUUGAUUUCUCGUAGCCAGGCAUCAUUGAUCUCUCUAAUCAGUGAUCGAGUGCGAUUGAACUUUUGGGCGGAAAGUACAGACUUUAUGUCCGCGCAAUUUCCUUUUUGAAUUAAAAAGAUUCAGGUGAAACAAUUAUGAAAAGCAGAUCGAUGAAGAGAUCGCUUCUAAGACUCUUAAUUUUGAUCCUGACGACGGUGGAUCAAAUGAUGGUUGUUUUGGCGACUCAUCACGGUGGUCAUCAUAAUCGGGUGUCGAAGAGGAUCCACCUGUCGCGCGCGAUGGAGGCCACUAAGAAGUUCCUUUGCAGAGAACCCCAGUCAAGAGCCUAUAAUCUGAGAGAUCUGGUGCAGAGUAUGCAUCCAAGCGAGAGCGCAAAUCAGCCGGUGUACAUCGUGUUAAAGAGAUGCGACAGUCACUCUGGUUGCUGCGUCAGCCCUGAUCUCAGUUGCACGCCGGUGCAGACGUCGAUCUAUUACGAGGAGAUGGAAGUCGAGGUUUGGAGCCUGCUGACAAAUAGUACAAGGAGGGCGUGGAUUAGAGUCGAGCAACACGGCAGGUGUAGUUGUGAGAUCAGUAAUGCCACUGAAAGACUCAGGACAGACAUUCAACUACCUGGUAUACAGAUCCUUUGAGAAGUUCGUCGAAUCCAUUCAUUCAGUAUUAUGGAGCAGAAUGGAAGACUGUAAUUGAAUUGCCCAGGAAUUGACCGAAUAUCUUGCAUUUUUCUGUUAGACAUAGUUAUGGUACAAAAAGAAUACAUGUUCAGUGUUAAUUGAAAUUAGUUAAUCAAGACAAAGAGACUGGAGUUAAGGUUUUUAAAGGUUGAUUAGGAUUGAAUCUUUUUAGUUAGUUAGGAAGAAUGGAUUUAGAAAUGCAUCAAUAGUAGUAGUGAUCUGCUCAUAAAAAGUAUUUGAACCUAAUCAGUGCUAUAGUGUGAAAAAAUUGAUAUAAAGUGCUAAACAAAUAUUAAAUAAAUAAAUAUAAUUAUAUAAAAAUAAAUAUAAUUAUGAUCAUAACUGAGACUGAGACAGAUUAGAUUAAAAUAAGCUUCUUAAAGCUUUUUCUAUUAAUACUCAUCUGAAUUUAAUGUCCAUUAUGUAUGGCUAUGACUACGAUGAUAAAGGACAAACAACGAUAAAAAGUGAAAUUAGUUGACAGAUAUUAUAUAGCAGAUUUAUAAUAUCAGAGAUUAUACAAAUUUAAACUACAUCUGUAAGGAUCGCUAGAGGAAGAUAUGGCCGGCGAAGAUGUGUGAAGGUCUUUUCCUAGGAUAUUUAAUAAAUAAAUCAUGAGAGCGAUUGUGAUUUAGAACAAAUAUGUUAUAAGUAUUUAAGAAUACUUUGAAAGGGUUGAAUAUCAACUUAGAAAUAUAAAAAUUUGGAUGAUUGAUAAGAGCAUCUGAUAAGAGGUAAAAGCGAGAGUCUUUCAGUUGAUAAAUAUAUGCAAAAUAAGGCACCAGUCUACUUUUCUCGCAAGUUCUGCACUCUAUUUCGACGUGAUAUUUAUAUGAAACUAAUAACACUGCAGAAACUGACAGCUACGUUUAACGCUAAAUAUAACUUCACGAUGUAUUGGUAAAAUUGCGAUGCUGUUCGCGCGUUAGACACAGUGUAUAUACUUAGUUAAACAAAGUCCAGACGCGGCGAAAAUAACAUACUGCGUUUAUAUGUAAAUAGCACUGUAUCUUUCAGAUACAGGAAUAAGACUUUUUUAGUUAUAAGCGAUUUUUUAUGAUGUAAUCAAUUCGGCGACUAUCGUGGCCAAAAUUAGAAGAAAUUUAUAUACGAUUAAUCCAAAAAACAGUAUUUUAAUAUUAGUUUAAAUUUAACGUAAUUUUGGUAAGCGUUCACUUUUUUGUAAGAUAAUUAAUUUAUUGAACAAAUUAUUUUUCAAUUGUAGAAUAAAUAAUUGAUAAGCGAGACGAGAUGUGAUAUAAAUCAGCACAUCGAAAGGAUUGAACAGUAUUCCUGUAGUGUAUCUAAUUAGCAAUUAUUAAUAUAUAUUACUCAAUUAUUUAAUUUUUAUACUAAUUUAUAUAUAUAUAUCGAUUAAUUUAUGCGAAUCGAUGCGAUAAAAAUGUUCAUAAAAAUAAAUCGCAAUUUUGACUAUUUUUAUAUCAAUUCAUGCAAUUUAUUUCUCCAUAUCUUAUUUAUUUUUAAUUUUCGUCUUCGAUGAAAAGAUUCUAAUAAGUUUUCCUAACAUUCUUUUUUUAACAAUUCUUAAAAAAAAGGAGUUUAAUUAAAAAUAAAAUUUCUCGAACAGUUAAUGUUAAUAUUUAUGUUUAUAAUUUUAUUAGCUAUAUAUAUAAAUCGUUUAUCUGCCUAACUAUCUGCAGAACGGAAAUAGUAUAACAAUGUGAAUUCUCGAUUUAGCACAUAGACAUGCGAAUAGAACUGGGUUGAUGCCCAAUCAGGAGCCGCUAUGUCAACGCCGACUCUCGCGGACACCUGUUCCGCAAAGUUAGCUUUGUUAAAAAGAAAAAAAAAUCGCUAACUCAUAUACACAAUCGAGUGUUAGCCCGAAUUGAGCAUCUGUAUAAAAGAAAUGUUUCGAUAUUAUAUUAUCCGCUGGAAAAAUUGAUCUAUAUUUUAUAUAUGUGUCUGUUUAAAUUUUACAUAUGUUUGUUUAAAUGAAAUGGAAGUGGAUAUUUUGGAUUUUCAGUUUUUUUUUUUUCAAAGAAUUCACUCGGAGAAGUACAAAAUUUAAUUCUCUAUUUUCUUAAAUCUAGAAAAAAUUUAUUAUAAUUUGUUGUAGGAUUUCAAAGUAACAAAACUGUAAUCAAAAUCCUUAAUCUUUGUGAAAAAAUUCUUUCGGUUUAUCCUCAAAUAAACAAUCUACUAAAAAAAAAAUAUGGAUAAAAAUAUAGUAUAAACAUUCCUACACAUAAUUGGUCUGCACAUUGUUUUAAAAAAACCAGAAAAUCAAAGUAUUUAUUAUACAAGAAUGAAUUAAUCGAUUUACUUACUGAGUUACUUUUA